AUGUACACCGGAAGCCUUGUCCCACGCAUUUUGAGAACGUCUAUCCAGUUUUUCCCCAAGCUCUGGAUUUCCGUAUCACGAUCCUUAAUCCCUUACAAAACAUUCCCCUUGGCAACUUUUAAACGACCCAUCUCCAUCGCGGUUAUGAGCACUUCGUCUCCUCCCACUCCGCCAUCAAGGGCCUUAAUAGAUGAUGAACGGAGAUUCAAAACCAUUACAUUACCUUGUGAGUGGGUGGAGGAUUAUCGGCCAGGUGGUUAUCAUCCAGUCGUUCUCGGCGACGUCUUCAACCACCAGUACAAGGUCAUCCGGAAGCUUGGCGAGGGCUCCUACUCAACGGUUUGGCUCGCCCAUGACCUAAGUAACAGUCGAUAUGUCGCCCUGAAGAUACUUGUGUCGGAAAUCUCGGAAUCGACAACUGAGCUACGAAUAUUACGCCAUAUCAUCGAAUACGCACCAGAAGAAGGGUCCCGAUAUAUCACGCGACUGCUGGACGCAUUCGAACACCGCGGACCCAAUGGCCUCCACAAGUGCCUGGUACUUGAGCCUAUGGGCCCGAGUGUCAAUACGAUGGUCGAGGAGCUGCCGCAGUUCAAACCUCGUAGGCGAGGAAUGAAGAUCCGCUAUCCGCUUCAGAUGGCAAAGAGUAUCCUUAAGCAAUCCUUACAGGCUCUUGCAUUUCUGCAUGAAAAUGGUAUUGCCCAUGGAGACUUCCAGCCGGGAAACAUACUCUUCCCUCUUAUCGAUGUCGACUCGACCCCUGAGGAAUUGCUCCUACAAGAGGAAGAUGUUCAAGCCCGGUCGAUCUCGCCUCCGGUACAGAGGCUGGAUGGUAAACAAGAUAAAUGGGCGCCUCAAUAUCUUUGCGUUGCGCAGCCACUGGUGCCCUUUACUUGCUACGCCGAAGGGUUCAAGGUCAAAUUAUCCGAUAUGGGCGGUGCUUAUUUCUUUACCGACCCACCAACAAAGCCCGUUACUCCACUCGGUCUUCGAGCUCCCGAGUUGAUUCUUACCGGAGCCGUCAACAAUACCGUUGAUAUCUGGAGCUUCGGUUGCCUUAUUUUUGAGUUAAUUACCGGACAGCCACUCUUCUGUAUACCAUGUUCCGAGAUGGAAGAUGACGAUCAUCUUCUCUCCCUCACCGCCCAGCUCGGUGCCCUCCCCGACGAGUUAUUCAGGCAUUGGACAACCUCGUCGCUCUACUUUACGCCCGAGAGGAAGCUCUUUAAUUGUCAGCUUGGAGGAGUCGCUCCCGGGGAGGAACCGCUUAUAGUGGAGCAGACGUCCAUGGAAGAGUGCUUCGAUCGGGCAGGCCCGGAUCUCGAUGAGGAGGAAGCUAACAAAGUGAAAGCGCUUAUUCGAUGGAUUUUGCAAUAUGACCCCGGGAAGAGACCUUCGCCUACGAGAAUCUUAUCGGAUCCAUGGUUUUGCGAGAUUGACGUUGAGGACGACCCAUCUAAGGUAUCUAUAGUCUAGUAUCUUGCGUGGCUAUGAGGAAGAUAUCUAAGUAGGCUGCAUAUCGUUUCGACGAGAGGACAGCGUAAUGAAUCACACACAGACAAACAUACCGUAUGACCCAAACAUGUUCAUAUAGAGUACUAUUGCUGAUAAUUCACAGAUGCUAUUAUAAUCCCCAUUACACUCCU